GACAUUUAUUCAUUGUCAGCACUAAAUUUUCUCGUUUCUACGAGAAUAUUAAAUUUUCUUUUAAAACAAGGUAAAUGGUGCUAUAAAUUGCAUUUUCAGAUUAAUUUAAUACAUUAAAACAAAAAUGUCUGGGUCAGCCCAUAGGCACCGGUAUAAAAAUGCUGCAUUAGAUAGUGUAGAAUUAAGGAGGCGUAGAGAAGAAGAAGGUGUACAGUUAAGAAAAGCUAAAAGAGACCAACAGUUGAAUAAAAGACGAAAUGUAAAUGUUAAUCAGUUAUUACCUGAAGAUGAUCCUCUUUCUUUUGAUCCAGAUAGCACAUCUCCAGUGUCAACAUGGAUCACUCAAGAUAUGAUAAAAAAUUUAUACAGCACAGAUCCGGAACUGCAGUUGGAAGCAACCCAAAAGUUUAGAAAACUGCUUAGCAGGGAACCUAAUCCCCCAAUUGAUGAAGUCAUACAGACAGGAAUUGUACCAAGAUUUGUUGAAUUCUUGCAGAAUUCAUCCAACUGUACACUUCAGUUUGAAGCAUCAUGGGCAUUAACCAACAUAGCAUCGGGAACUUCUCAACAAACACGAAUGGUAAUUGAAACAGGGGCCGUACCAAUAUUUAUAUCACUUUUAGGAAGUUCAUAUGAAGAUGUCCAGGAACAAGCUGUUUGGGCAUUAGGAAAUAUUGCAGGAGAUUCUCCAGAAUGUCGUGAUACUGUUACUGAAGCAGGAAUUUUAGUACCACUUUUACAAAUACUUAGCAAACCAAUUCGCUUAACAAUGACAAGAAAUGCAGUGUGGGCUCUUUCCAAUCUGUGCAGAGGCAAGAAUCCACCUCCGGAUUUCUCCAAACUCGCGCCUUGUUUACCAAUUUUGUCUAGAUUACUAUUUCACACAGAUCCUGAUGUACUGGCGGAUACAUGCUGGUCUUUGAGUUAUUUAUCUGAUGGGCCUAACGAGAAAAUACAGGCGGUGGUAGAUGCAGGAGUGUGCAGACGCUUGGUAGAGCUGUUGAUGGCACAACCACCGAAUGUAGUGUCUGCUGCGCUUAGAGCUGUUGGCAAUAUUGUCACAGGAGACGAUGUACAGACCCAAGUUAUUCUUAAUUGUUCUGCGUUACCAUGUUUGCAUCACUUGCUUUCUUCAUCUAAGGAAUCAAUUAGAAAGGAAGCUUGUUGGACUAUUAGUAACAUAACGGCUGGUAAUAGGACACAAAUACAGGCUGUUAUAGAUGCCAACAUAUUCCCUCUCCUCAUUGAAAUUUUGAGCAAAUCAGAAUUCAAAACGAAAAAAGAAGCAGCUUGGGCUAUUACCAACGCCACUAGCGGAGGCGCUCCGGAUCAAGUUCGUUACCUCGUUAGUCAAAAUUGCAUCGGACCGAUGUGUGAUUUGUUAACAGUUAUGGACGCAAAGAUUGUUAUAGUAGCUCUCAGUGGAUUAGAGAAUAUUUUGAAGUUAGGCGAAGAGGAUGCUAAGUUACAGAAUGGCACUAAUCCGUAUGCAGUUCUAAUAGAAGAGUGCUACGGUCUAGACAAGAUAGAAUUUCUUCAGUCGCACGAAAAUAUGGAGAUUUACCAGAAAGCAUUUGACAUUAUUGAACAUUUCUUCGGCACCGAAGAAGAGGAUUCAAACAUAGCUCCAUCAAUAGAUACCGAUCAUCAACAAUAUCAGUUCAGUUCAGAUCAAUCACUACCAAUGGGGGGUUUUCAGUUCUGAAGAAGUUAGAUUCGUUUUUUAAAAGUGCCCAUAUUAUUACAGUUUCAAACAAAAAAAGGAAAUUUUCAUUGAUGCAAGAAUCAUUCAGAAGAAAACAGGAACUGAGUUUUCUUAUGUAUGUAUGAGUGACGAGAAGUGCUGUGAGUCGGUAUCAAAAUUUUUUAAAAUUAACUAAAAGCGAGAGCUGCUGAACUCUCGUUAUUAAGCAUAAACUAUAAGAGAAGCUUAUUUAUAAUUUUUCUAUAUUAUUGAGUGUAUCGUGAUGAUGGUCUGAUAAUGUUGAGAGGUACUAGUUGAAGGGCUCCUUUAUAAUUAACUUGAUUUGUAAAGAUUUGCUUUUGAUUAGAACAAUUAGACCAGUUCCUGUAUAAUUUAAAUUAGUUAUUUGAAAAUACAUGUUGUGUUUUAAAUUUUAUUGAUUUUGUUUUACAGAAAUGAAUGGAAAUAAUACCAUCCAGCUACAAAGUGUUUUUGAUUUACCUAAAACUGUGAAAAAAAUUGACCUACAAACAAUGAUCACAAUUGUAGAAAGUGAC